CACAACGUGUGCUCGGCUUAGAGGUAAAGCCUUGUUGUUACUUUGUGCCCGUGUAAGACAGUUGGUGCUGUCGACUAUUGUACUAGCACGUGAUAUUCACUUUUACAGCUACAACCAGUUAUAAGGCAACAAGGCUGGACGUGGUCAACACAAACUGCUCAGUGGACGUUACAAUCAACAGGUACCAUUACCCCAGAGAUCAAUGCACUCAAUCAUCUGAUCUGAAUCAGAAACAUUCAUUGACCAGAAAAACAAUAAAAUCCCAAAGUCUGUGAGAUCAAGCUGUGUAGCAACAAUCAGGAAGCUAAAGGGACAUAACUCUGUAUGGACUGCCACCAAACCAUGCCAGAAGUUAUUUGUGCACUAUGUGAGCUUGGAAUUCAUGAUUCAACUAUUGCUUUGUUCAAAUGAACAGAAGCCAUGUGGUAUACAUCUGAAAUAUGUCCAUCAGUUUAGUAUCAAGUGAUAUUACAGUUUGCUUCAAAUUAGCAAUGGUUAAACUGGACUGAUUGACAAAAUUGUAACUAUUUUCCAAACGAAUUUACUCCACUGCAACAGCUUCAGAAUGGAAGACCAUGUUGUAAAUGCCACGAUGACAACACCUGUCAAUAUAACACAGGCACAGAUUGUAACAACGGCUGUGAUUGGUUCAAUUCUUGUCAUCUUGGUAGUGUCAAACCUUGUUAUGUUUUCCAUUUACAAGAAACUGACAAACGAUCAUGAUUCCACCAAUAAAUCCAAGAAACGUGAGAGUGUGCAGCUGUACCAGGUGAAGCCAGCUGGAGAAUACAACUCCGUAUCACACAGCAGCCAUCUCAACAAAUCAUAUUCCAGGGAAAACAUCACACACACCAUUUCCUUAAAUGGAGAGGACAAUAUAUCAGGUGAUUAUUCUCCAGCAGAUAGGUCCCUGAGCCGAGACAGGAGUUUGGAAACAGCUAGUGGCCUUGAAGUCUCCCCCCAGUUAGAUACUUCAUUUAUUUCACACCAGUUUCGCAGGAAUGAAAAUCUUGAAAAAUCACACGAGACAAUUUCAAACUUAGAGUUGAACCAAUCCACAGACUCAUCACAGAUUGAAACUGAGGCUCAGAUUCAUCUUCAUCAUUUAUCAAGUGAUAGAAAAUCGAGUGGAUUUAGUGAUGUUCAUAGAUAUCGCAGCACAAAAUAUCAAAUGUGGGAGAAACCAUCCAACAUAGGUCCUCGUCAACAUCAAGAUGCCCCCUUUCCCAUUCCAGCAGGAAUAACUAGGGAGAUGCACAUCACUAUGAAGUGUUCUCAAGGCCGACACUGCCACCAACAGGUGCGGGGCUACGUGGAUCUGACAGACUUUGAAAAUGACACUGAUACAGACAUCCAGUGCAUGUGCAGCAUGGCUAGUGUGGAACUGCCCUCUAUGGUGGUCGGGAAGAAUCUCUUAGGGGCCAUGGAACCAAACCGAACAGCCCAAUCAGUGUUCUUGGAAGACCUAUUGUAGAAUUUCAGAACCAAGCAUUUGAAUUUUCAGAAACCAAAACAGCCCUGGAAGAAUUUACCGACACAGAAUUGUGAUGGCAGUUCCCCGACUGAAUGUGUCUAAUCAAACAGUCCUUGUGCUUGUAAGUUUUUCCCCCAAGCUAUAAACCAGAAUCUGGAUUUAGCUGCUCAAUGUGCUUCCUCCAUUUUCUGAGAUGUACAGUUGAAUCAAUAGUUCCAAGUAAUGGAGAGAAUCUGUAUUGAACUUUGUACAUAAAGACUGAUGAUCCAG